AUGUCCCAGACGUCGACGAUAGUGACGGCAUCAGUCGCCGCCGCCGUUACCGGCUUGGUUGCCUACGUCGCCUACUUCGACUACCAGCGCCGCAACAAGGCCGAGUUCCGAAGAGAACUGCGCAGGAACGAGCGCAAACAGCACAGAGCCGAGAAAGAAACGGCCCAGCAGGAGACUAUUCGCCAGCGGCAAGCGUUAAAGCAGGCCGUCGACGACGCCAAGGACGAGGGUUUCCCUACCGACGUCGAGGAGAAGGAGACCUACUUCCUUCAGCAGGUCUCCGAGGGAGAGACUCUCUCCGCAGACCCCACCCGCGCUGUUGACGCUGCGCUUGCGUUCUACAAGGGUCUGAAGGUCUACCCUACGCCCCAAGACCUGAUUAACAUCUACGACAAGACUGUCCCCAAGCCCGUCCUCGACGUCCUCGCCGAGAUGAUCGCUUACGACGAUAGUCUAAAACUUGGCGAGUACCAGGGCGGCAUCAACGCCGACUUCAGCAACUUGCCCACCGUCGGCCUGGACUAA